GAAUCCGACUCUGGGGGGAGCUGUUUCCGACCGGAGCUCUUUCCGGGACGGAGCGGUGUCCGGCGGAGCGGUUCCCCCGGCCCCCGGCUCCUGGCGCCAUGUUCUCGGGUUUGCAGGAACUCGGCAUCGCGAGCGGAGACGAUCUGAAGGAAACUUUAACCAACUGCACGGAGCCGCUGAAGGCCAUCGACCAAUUCCAGAUUGAAAAUGGAAUUUUACUGCCAUCCCUGCAGUCAGCGUUACCUUUCUUGGACCUGCACAGCAUUCCCAGGCUGGAGUUCCACCAGUCUGUAUUUGAUGAACUACGGGAAAAACUGCUGGAUAAAGUUGCUACCAUAGCAUCGGAGGGAAAAGAUGGAAACAGGUAUAACAAGUUAGAAGAUCUCUUGGAAAAAUGUUUUCCACUAGUCAAAGUUCCAUCAAUACAACCUGUAGUAAUGUGCGUGAUGAAACACUUGCCGAAGGUACCAGAAGAGAAAUUAAAACUGGUGAUGGCAGAUAAAGAGCUGUACAAAAUCUGUGCGACAGAAGUGAAACGCCAGAUCUGGCAGGAUAACCAGGCGCUGUUUGGAGAUGAGGUCUCCCCAUUGUUGAAACAGUAUAUUGUUGAGAAAGAAAAUGCCCUCUUCAGCAGUGAGCUGUCAGUCCUGCACAACUUCUUCUCAGCAUCCCCCAAAACCAGACGUCAAGGAGAGGUUGUUCAGAAAUUAACCAACAUGAUUGGGAAAAAUGUAAAGCUCUAUGACAUGGUUCUCCAAUUUCUACGCACUUUGUUCCUGAGGACAAGAAAUGUCCAUUACUGCACCCUGCGCGCAGAACUAUUGAUGUCUUUGCAUGAUCUAGAUAUCAGUGAAAUAUGUUCUGUGGAUCCUUGUCACAAGUUUACCUGGUGCCUUGAUGCUUGCAUUAGAGAGAGAUUUGUAGAUGCAAAGAGAGCUCGAGAAUUGCAGGGUUUUUUGGAUGGAGUUAAGAAGGGACAGGAACAAGUGUUAGGUGACCUCUCGAUGAUCCUUUGUGACCCCUUUGCAAUAAAUACACUGGCUCUGAGUACGGUGAAAAAUCUGCAGGAGUUGGUCAGCCAAGAUGCAUUGCCCAGAGACAGUCCCGACCUUCUCCUCUUGUUGCGCAUGCUGUCGCUUGGUCAAGGGGCCUGGGAUAUGAUUGACAGUCAGGUGUUCAAAGAGCCAAAAAUGGAGAUAGAACUGAUUACGAAGUUCUUACCCAAUCUGAUGGCAUUCGUCGUGGAUGAUCACAGUUUCAAUGUGGACCAAAAACUGCCGACUGAGGAGAAGGCUGCAAGCAUGUAUCCCACCACCCUCCCAGAAUCUUUUAUCAAGUUCGUUCUGGAAAAUCGUGUCGCUUGUGAAAUUGCACUGUACUAUGUGCUACAUAUUACAAAACAGAGGAACAAGAAUGCCAUUCUCCGCUUAUUACCUUCAUUAGUGGAAACCUAUAAUGACAUGGCAUUUAGUGAUAUUUUCUUGCACCUAUUUACCAGCCAUUUAACAUUAUUGAUGGAGGAAUUUGCUACAGAAGAAUUCUGUACUGCACUAUUUGAUGGCUUCAUCCUUACAACAUUCUCCAGUAAAGAAAAUGUACACAGACAUAUCCUGAGACUGCUGCUACAUCUUCACCAUAAAGUGGUACCUUCAAAAAUGGCUUCAUUGCAAAAGGCACUGGAACCUACCAAACAGAGUGCUGAAGCAGUGAAGGACUUGUAUACUCAACUUACCGAAAAGAUAGAAAGUCUUAAACAGAGCCCUGUGCAAACAGUAGAGACUCCGCCACUGGAGCUGCCUUUGAGGACUGUCUCUACACCUCCUGCCAUCUGACAGAUUCACUUUACAUCUUGGAUUGACACAUUGUUGUGCAUUCGUGAUUGACUGGAUCUGCCUGUUAUUUUAAGGUGAAUCGUGAAGCAGAGCUACUGGGUUAUCUAUGAUUUGUGUCAUCUUUUUUGCAUGUUCAGAAGAGUGCAGCCCUGAGAAGUACACCAAAUUGCUAAAAUUUAUGUUGGUCCCAAUUACCACAAGAUGAAAUUAAAUCAAAUGAACUUUUCCGUCUGUGCUGCGACAUGACAUGUUAGAUAGAUGGUUCUGUGAUCCAUGUUUUCAAGAAGCUCACUGUUAAUAAUUAGACUACCACCAAUGGAUCAAUGCUUUUUAAAAGUCUAAAUGAUAAACUUCCAAGAGCUGUAAUCAAAUUACUGAAGAUCAUUAUUACUGCAGUUCUCUUUGGAGGCAUUUUUCAGCUAUUUCUGUUGCUAGUACUUCCUCAUACUUAGGAAGAAUAGGUGGUUUAGUGUUAACAGUCUGGAAGAAUAGUUCAUUUACUGAUUCUUAGAUAUCAGUAAAUAUAUAGAUUCUGGAUCUUGAUCUUUUAAACUAUUGUUCUUUUGUUUUUAUAAAGGUGAUUAUUUGUUAAGUGUACUAGUGACAGGAAUCACUUUCAGAAUGCUGAUAAAGCAAAAACGGUGUGUAUUGUACUGCAGUACAUUGACUUAAUACUUCAGCAACAGUGGAAUGUUGAAUAUAUAAUUAUACAUGUGUAUAUUUCAACAUGAAUAAUGGAAAAAGGUAUAAAAGUUCAUUUCUUAUUUAACUAAGCAGCAAAAGUUAAGUGCUAAAGACUUUGUAUCACUUUUUAAAAAAAUAAAGUUAAAAUAUUGACAUUCUA